AUGUCUGCAUCGGAAGUUCGUCAAACAUUUAUUGAAUUUUUUACAAAAAAAAAUGGACAUUUAUAUGUUCAUUCGUCAUCAACAAUUCCACUUGAUGAUCCAACAUUACUUUUUGCUAAUGCUGGAAUGAAUCAAUUUAAACCAUGUUUUCUUGGUACAGCUGAUCCAAAUAGUGAUAUGGGAAAAUAUAAGCGUACAGUAAAUAGUCAAAAAUGUAUACGUGCUGGUGGUAAACAUAAUGAUUUAGAUGAUGUUGGAAAAGAUGUCUAUCAUCAUACAUUUUUUGAAAUGCUUGGAAAUUGGUCAUUCGGAGAUUAUUUUAAAGAAAAAGCAAUUGAUAUGGCAUGGGAAUUACUUGUUGAUGUGUAUAAAUUAGAUCCAAAUCGUUUAUAUGCAACAUAUUUUGAAGGUAAUUCAAAAAGUAAUCUUCAACCUGAUAUAGAAACACAAGAUUUAUGGAAAAAAUAUUUACCAGAUGAUCAUAUAAUUCCGGGUAAUAUGAAAGAUAAUUUUUGGGAAAUGGGUGAUACUGGUCCAUGUGGUCCAUGUACAGAAAUACAUUUUGAUCGUAUUGGUGGUGGUCGAAAUGCAGCUCAUCUUGUUAAUCAAGAUGAUCCAGAUGUAUUAGAAAUUUGGAAUCUUGUGUUUAUUCAAUUUAAUAGAGAAAAAGAUGGUUCAUUACGUGAAUUACCAGCUAAACAUGUUGAUACAGGUAUGGGUUUUGAACGUUUAACAUCAGUUAUACAAAAUAAACGUUCAAAUUAUGAUACUGAUAUAUUUAUGCCGAUAUUUGCUGCUAUUGAAAAAGGAACUGGUGCACGAUCAUAUACAGGUAAAGUUGGUGUUGAUGAUCAUGAUAAAAUGGAUAUGGCUUAUCGUGUUAUUGCUGAUCAUAUUCGAACAUUAACAAUUGCAAUUACUGAUGGUGGACGACCAGAUAAAACAGGACGUGGGUAAGUAUGGUUUAAAAUAGAAUAUCUCUACCUUCUGAGCAAAAUCAAUAGUCCGAUAUCUUUUCUAUAACUAAUACUAAUUGUAUCUCUAGGUGAAAGAUUAAAUGUUGUAGAAACGUAUUAAACUAUGUAGCCAUUCAUCCACGGCGAUGAAUUUUGAUUAAUUAUAUAAAUUUUGAAAUUUAAUGGUCAGAUAUUAUUAUUAUUCGUUUUCUUUUUCAUUCAUCCGUAUCCGUUUUAUUUUUCAUUAUAUUUUAUUGUCUAUUUCACGAUUACUGAUACGUUGAUUGUCAUAAACGUAUUAUACACGAAUGAUAAAUAAACGUGUUACAGUUGAUAUUGUGAUUAAAUGCAUGCUUCUAUAAUAUAACACAUAACGAAUAGAAAAAAACAAAAACUAAGAAUGAAGGUCAUAAGU